ACGUUGCAUCUCUGAAGGACGAGUGUCAGGUUACGGAGUUCCGUCUCUCUCUCUCUCUCUCUCUCUCUCUCACAAAUUUACUGUUGGAAAGAGACCUGGGAAGAUGGGAGACUGGAGUUUUCUGGAAAAACUCCUCGAUGAAGUACAGGAACAUUCAACUGUGAUCGGCAAAAUCUGGCUCACUGUUCUCUUCAUAUUUCGGAUUCUGAUUCUGGGCACGGCUGCAGAGUACGUCUGGGGUGAUGAGCAGUCGGAUUUUAACUGCAACACAGCACAGCCCGGUUGCGAGAAUGUCUGCUAUGACAAAGCUUUUCCAAUCUCGCACGUCCGCUACUGGGUGCUGCAGAUCCUCUUUGUGUCAACACCAACACUUAUCUACUUGGGCCAUGUGCUGCACAUAUCAAGGAAAGAAGAGAAACUUAAACAGAAAGAAGAGGCAUUGAGGUCCCAGCCAAACAAGGACAGCCAAACUGAUCUCAUUGUCAAAGAGAUUGAAAGGAAGAAACAAAAGUAUGGCAUUGACGAGACAGGAAAAAUCAAAAUUAAAGGAGCACUCAUGUGCACCUACACACUAAGUAUUAUCUCCAAAAUGAUAUUUGAACUAAGCUUUUCCAUUGGGCAGUGGUACUUAUAUGGCUUCGUAAUGCCUGCAAUUUAUGUUUGUGUGAGACCACCCUGCCCGCAUAAAGUGGAUUGUUUUAUAUCUCGUCCUACGGAAAAGUCCAUUUUCAUUUUAUUUAUGUUUGCGGUAUCGCUGAUGUCACUCUUGCUAAACUUCCUGGAAAUAUUCCAACUCAUUGGCAAGUGUAUUAUCAGAAAUGUUCAGACCAAAUCCAAUAAACAACUAUAUCUAAAACCUUCUGACUUUCCAGGGAGUGCCUAUAUGGAAAAAGAAUCAUUGCCAAUGGAUUACAUGUACACAAAUGUAGAAGGGACUCAAGGACAUUACCAAAGUUGCAACAAGUCCUCUUCUGAGCAGAACUGGACAAACUACACCACAGAACAAAGACUGGCAGACCAAAAGUUCAGUCCCGUGCCAUAUAACCUCUUGAGGAAGGUCCCUGAUAAAGCAGACCAAACCUCAAUUCAACCACCAAGGCCUAUUAGUCCAGCCAGCAGUCAAAGCAGUAGAAGACGGCAAGAUGAUGUUGAAAUCUGAUAUGGGGUGAACGUUAAUUUUUGAGUGAUUGGUAUUUAAGAAUGGUUAUGUUUUACAAGUCUUUUGGGGGCUUUUCAGUCAUUAUCUGGGGGCAAAAAUGAGUAAGAUAGUCUGCAUCUAAUGUGAUCUAAUAUACGGAAUCAUUUAGAUACAGUGCUAUGAUGAAUGCCACUGUGCUAAAUUGAAGACAAGCACAUGCUUUUUAUUAAAUCUCUGAAUGGAGUUAUUAUUACACUUGUAAUUUAUUUCCCACUUACUGUGCCUAGCAGAAGUUCUGGGGAGAAACUGUGUUCUUGGACUAAGUGCAGCAGCAAUGAAUCCAGCCCAUCCUCUGGGUUUUAUUUAAUUAUAUGUCUAACCAAUAAGCAUUCCUCUACCAUAUGCCAGUAGUCCUAAAGAAAUGUUUUGUCAAGGAAUGUUGAUGUCUUAUUUAUUUUUUUCUGAUCUUCGACACCCAUUUUCUCAUCCUUCUGCUUGGGUACCUCUCUUGUGACAUUUCCUAAUUGAGAGGCUGGGGUGUGUGAGACAACUGGUAACAAGCCUUUGCCAAUGCUGUUUUGAAACCAAUUACAGGGAAGCAUACAAGAAUCCGUUCAGGUGAGUUACUGUUCAAGCUCAAUUUGGUAUCACUUUCCUCCUCACCUACCCUUGCCACUGCAUUUUGACACUCUCAAAGGAUCAACAACGAAGUGUAUUUCAAGCAAUUCAGGGAACAAUUUAGCAUUCAGCAAACAAUAAUCAUGAAUGAAUAAACAACAGAACAAAGUUAAUGACAUAAAUACAUCAAGCUUGGUACGAAUACAAUUAUUUAUUAGUGCUGGUAAAAUGAAAAAUGUCCCGGUGUUAACAACAGUAUUACAAGUGGUCUCACACACAUUCUGUCAAGCCACAAGCAAGAUUGCAUCCAUUAACAAUGAGUGAGUGUAUAUUCUAUCUGCUCACAUUUCUAAUUGAAAAAUUCUGCAGUAUGGCUAAAAUCUGAAAGGAAUCAGCAAUAAAUAUUGCAGGUGUUGCUCUAUAGUUUCAAUUCAUGCAUGCACAAAACAUUUUGAGGAAUUGUGCCAGAUUUUGGAAUACAUACUUAUGUAUCUUUAACAUCAUGCAACAAAUGUAUACAAGCUCUCGACAAUCACACAUUUUUUUUGGUGUUCAUGGGAGAUCCAUGCCCCUUCAGGCUCCAACCUUGUGCAUGCUUGUGAGAAGAAUUGAUGAUUAAGGAGCCAUUCUACUGAAAGCUUUUUGAUUACUGAAUGGAUUCAUUGUAUAGUAUAGUAAUUGAAUAAUUUGUAGCAAGGAGAUACAUCUUAAAGUAAUGUACAUACAAUUCAUUUGCUAUGAUUUUUACACUGUCAACAAGUAAUAAAUGUGAUGUUUUGAAGAAACAGAAGAUAAUGGCUCUUCAUUUAAGAGAAAAUGGGAAUUUCAUGGAAAAGAAAUGGAUUUUUGAGGUAAUUCAAAAUACAACAAAAAGCUGUCUCUUGCCUCAGAUCUCCAAACCCUUUGCCUCAGUCUUAUGUGUUAUUUACUGAUAUAUGAAUAUGAUUAUUGUUCAGAAACUCUCAACUCUUGUCCUUCCCUCAGUUCCAAAUAAGUUCACUAACUCCUUUAUUCAUUGUGCCAUUAAAAUCAAGACUCCUCACUUUGUCUCCUACAUUCUAUCCUAAUAAAUCAAAACUUUAAACUUCUUACUUUCUUAUGUCUUCACCUCACCCUGCGAUUUGCGUUUUUUUUACCAUAAGGUUAGGCCAUCUAUUACCAAGUCACUUCAUCUUUUCUCAAAACAGUGUGUACUGUACUAUUGGCCUUUCAUGUGAGUUUCUGUAUCUUUUUAAACUCUUACUAAAUAGCUGCAGAUUUUCCAUUUCAUAUUAUGAAAGCUAUGAUCCUGAAUAACACGGAACAGAAUUGAGAGAGAUAAAUGACAGCAUUGCAGCAUAUUUUAAAAGAAAAUUAUAAAUUUUUGUUUGUAGGUUCAUUCAUUGCCCAACUUGUAUUAAGGCCUAAGAUAGGGUCUACAGUUAAAAUAUAUUAUAAAACACAGAGGGAUUGCCUGACAGCACAUGUUUUCGGCAGAUUUUUCUUCCUGUCAGCUAACAACAUCAUAAUCAGCAAAAGAAUGAAAGCAAAAUUGACAGAGUUACAAUGUAUAAACUUAGGUGUGAAACCUGGUUAGGUGAUGGUGCCUUGCACAGGUCACCUGGAAAUUAAAAUGGCAGUGGCUGUGAUUUGACUUUCAGGACCUGAGUUGAUGUCCCUCAGGUAAGUUUCUUACAUCAUGCUCUUGGCACAAUUGCAGUCAUUUCACUAAACUGUGGAAAGUGGAGUAAUAAUUUGAUUAAAUUUCACAUUAGUUAAAAUGUUUUGUAUUAUUUGACAAUGUUUUAAUUCUCGAUGUCCUUUGAACUGCUGACCAAAA